GACAAAUGUCGGUCAAACAGUUAAUUCGACAAUGAGUUGGAGUUAGACUUCAGAUAUUAUGCAGGACCACGAAAAAAGUAAAGAAAAUACCCAAAAUUCAUUAGUGGAUGUGCAUGUUAUUUUUUUGGAUGGUGGUACUGAAAAAUUCUGUUUAUCUGAACGAUGUUUGGGUCUGGAUUUAUUUACUUUAGUCAUUAAGAAGAUUGGUACUUUUCAAAAUGAGUAUUUCGGGCUGCUAUAUUCCGAUUUUGAAGGCAACAGCUGCUGGGUUGAUAAUAACAAACCCCUUACAAAGGUCUUGAGAAAUUCAAGUACAAGACCUCUGGAGCUUUUGUUUGGGGUUAAAUUUUUUACUCCGUAUCCAAAUCUAAUAGAAGAUGACCUUACAAGGUACCUGUAUGCUCUACAAAUCAGGAACGACUUCUUUCAAGGUUUGUUACACAGUAAUCGUAAUACCAGUCUCUUGCUUGCAGCAUUCAUUGCACAGUCUCAGUUGGGUGAUUUUCAAGAGUCAGAAUGUCGGUCGUAUGCAUACUUAAAGAAGCAUCAUUUAUUUAGAACAGCACCAGAUUCGUACUUAAUGCGUCUUAUGGAACUGCAUCAAACGUUGAUAGGAAUUUCAAAAUCAGAAGCCGAUUAUCGUCUUUUAGAUGCUGCUCGCAAAGUCGAAUUGUAUGGAAUUCGUUUACAUGCCGCAAAGAACACAGAAGACAAACCAGUAAAUUUAGGAGUUAACCAUUUCGGAAUUAUGAUUUUUGAGAACUUUUCUCGUAUGAACACCUUCAAUUGGUCAAUGAUUCGUAAACUUAGUUUCAAACGUCGUAAAUUAUUAAUUAAACUUCAUAUGGAAGCAUAUAGUUACGGAAAUGACAUCAUAGAAUUCUCAUUUCCUACACGUAAUAGUUGUAAAAACUUUUGGAAAAAAUGUAUUGAACAGCAUACAUUUUUUCGUUCUAUCUCACCAUAUGGUAAUAGGAUGUGCGGUACAAUCAAUCAUCGUAAUUCUGUCGUAUUUCCUCAUUCAUUUACGAAUAUUUUCACUUUACCAUUUGGAAAACUUCAUAGAUCAGCUAGUUGUGAAGCGAACGGCCUAUUAAACUCAAAAGCAUCAACUCAUAAACAAAACAAUGAAAUAAGUUCUGACAUGUGUAAUACAAAAAGUUCUCAAGAUUCUCAUUUAAGUACUCCCGUUAAACGAGUCAGUCAUUUGAAUCGAUCAGGAUCUAAUUCUCACUUUUCAUCUGAAUAUAACUCAUCUAGUUUAAAGUUUAAUCCGUAUUUUGAUGAUCGAACAGCAUCGAUGCGUAGAAAAUCGCAUGCUUUGACAAAAUUACUUUCUCAGCAAACUCCAAUCACUGGUGGUGGUGAACACGUUGAACUAUUUCGUCUUUCAUUCACUUCACUGAUUCCAUAUUCAUCUUUAUCAUUUGAUAGCAAUAAUAUUCCUGGAGCCUCGUCUACUCUACCAGAAAGAAGUAGUUUCAAAUGGAAUUGUAAUCGUGCGGUCAGUACGUCAUCAAUAGAUCGUCAAUUAUCUUCUUGUAGACGGAAACUCAGUACACAUUCAUAUGUUCCUCGUCAUUUUUCGGGCACUAUCAGCAGACAAUCAUCCGCAUCGGAAGAUGUGAAUGCUUUAGAUUGGUCUGAUUGUAAAUUUUACAAUCAACGAUCUACCCUCACAAAUUACAACUCAAAGAAUUCAGUGAAUAUAUUCAAGCCAUCUGAAAAUGUGUCAGUCUGUUCAUCUUCUUGUUCUUUAACUUCGGAAUCCUAUCCUAGACCAGUGUCAGCAGACGAUGAACCGUUAGAUCAUACGCAAUUUUUAUUAACCUCAAAAAGUGAUCUGUCGAAUCUUUAUGUUUGUGAAUUAGAUUGGAGUGCAGAUGAAAAGGAUACAUCACCUAUAUCUGUAAUCUCUACCAAACAAAGUAAACAGACUUUAACAAGUCAAAUACGUUCUCCGUUUAUGUCAUCUAUUAAUCAAUUUAAUGAGACAACAGAAAUUAAAAAACAUCAUAUUUAUCAAAAAGAAUAUGAUUUAAAUAUCGGAAUGGGAAAUUACCCAACAUCUAUUGAUAAUAUGGAACAAUAUGCAUACAGAAUUGAUAAUCAACAAACAAUAAUUCCUGCUUGUAAAAAUAACAUUCAAGAAGAACAAGGUAGUAAUGAUUAUCAUGAAAAUAUUGAUAGAAUAAUUCAUAAUACUAAAUUCCUAGAAGUUAACGAAUCAAAUGAUGAUAUAUGUGAUCUUGUCAGUCAUAACAAUUCAGAAAGUGUGACAUUUGUACAACUGUCACCGUCACAUAUUCCUGUGGAUCUUUUCAAAGUAUUUUCAGAAAAUGAAUGUAAUGAUGACAACGAAGUGCAUGUGGUAAAACAAGAAGAGAUCAAUGAAUAUAUUGAUGAAAUCGAUACUGGAAAAAAAAUUGAGAAUGAAUAUGAUCAAAAAGAAAUUCUGUCCAUUAGUGGUGUUGUCUCUGUUUUAGAGUCAUUCGACAUAUCUCAUCAUCAUAAUCAUUCAAUACAUACAACUAACAAUUCAGUAGUAUCAACUGAACCUGAAGAGAUAUCAUUGGAUAAUAGAACAAACUGUGUUAUUACUACAUCAAUAAUAAGUGAUGAUAUUGUUCAAAGUGAAUUAAUCGAUGACAUGGAAAGUGAUAUUCCAUCAGAUCAACUGUAUGAUAAUGCUGCUGAUGAAGCUCCAGAAAGUUUAGCUGAUGCGAUAUCAUUAGGUGCUAUUUCUUUGAUCACUGGUCUGUCAGAAGUUGACGGUGAUGACAAUGAUGAUGAUAAAAAUUACGCAGAUGACGGCAAUCUGUAUAACAGCAAUAAAGAAAUUAGCUCAAAUAAACAUUUGUCAUAUCUUGAUUCAGAUCAUUAUAGAAAAGGGAAGCAUUCAAAAAGCCUAACUCAUUUAUCGAAAUCAAUAAACAUCAAUAAUAAUGCAAAAUCCGAUGAACUCUCUGUGAACGAACAAUCUGUUUAUGAUCUUUUUCGUGUUAAAUCUCAACAAUUAUCCUCAAAGCAACAGCAUACUAUACCAUCCUCAUUAUUUUUAUCACAUUUUUCAAUGGAUAAUGAUUCAUCUAUACCUUCAGCUUUGUUGUCGUGCAAAAUAUCUACACCAGAAUUUGAUGAUACUUUACCCAUAACUAAACAAAGAACUCUUGAAUUACUGAAAAUUACCUCAGGGUGUUUAGAUAUUUUUAAAGAAGUCUUACUGACAGAAUCUAUGUACAAUCGUGACUUGGAAUUUUUGAUGACGGCUUCACUGGAUACUGCUAAUGCGUUCAGCGCAAAAUCACUAACUCACUGGUUACAAACUCGUCUAUUGCCAAUCCUGAAACCUAUAAUCGAUAGACAAACAUCUUUUCUUCAUCAACUGAAAAUAACUAUAUCCAGAUUGAAACGCCUAAUAACAAAAGUAAAACUCCUUGGGAAAAAUAUUUUACCAUUAAAAUCACAUGAUGACAAUGUGGAAUCUGUAUCUGAAUGUUUGACAGUUGAUUGUGAAUCACCUCUUUAUGAUAUGAACUACACAUCAAAAGGUUAUUUCAAUUCAUCUGAAUCAUCUAUGUCUCAUAUCGUAUUAAAAUGUAGUAAAAAUGAACAAUUGUCCAGUUCGGAAAUUUCUAGCUGUAAUGUUUCACCUUAUUUUAAACAUAAACAUAAAAAAUAUGGUUUGCAUUUAACAUUGAAACAGUUACAUAGUCUUAGUUGUUUUACAGAUUUACUAAUGAAUUUAUUAGAUCAAGUACAGUCUUAUGAAAUUUGGAUUCGAAAUUCAGCUGAUUUACUCACAGAAUUAUGGUUUUUAGCAUUUGUUGAUAUUCUUUCAUCAUAUUCCAACAUAAAUGAAGAGAGUGGUAAUUAUCAUUUAAAUAACAACAAUUUCGCUAAUAUUGAUAAUGAUAAUACUGAAAAUAUUCAGUCACUUAUUCAUAAAUAUCUACAUUCGAAUAAUAAUAAUCAAUGCAAGGAUAAGAAUUUAGAAACUUCUUCAGCAAUCACACGGAAAGUAUUAUAUAAUUUAGAAAGUCGAUUAUCUUCUAUUGGUUCCUUAUGGCAUUAUUUAUUGUUGCCUGGUCGACGAUUUCGUAGUUAUUGUAACUUGUUACAAUCUCUAGUGAAUCAAAUGUCAACUCAUUCAAGUUCAGUUUUCUGUAAAGCGAUUUUUGGACAUUAUAUACUAUCGAAUCGAUCUUUAAGUAAUACAUUAGACCGAUGUGAAAGAGUUGCUUUAACACUGCAGCUGUCAAUAAUUAUAUUCCCUAUGGAGAAUUUCUUGUUCACUCCAAAUAAGUGUAUCAAUGAAAACCUAGAAAAAGAUCAUUAUUCGUCUUGUCCCAACACCACUCACCAUAAUAAUAAUAAUAGUGAACAAGUGCAUCAUAAUGACACUUCCGGAAGUGAUAAAUCUGCUGAUUUAAUGUCUAUUUCGUCAUUUUUACAAUCUUCCAUAAUUACUCAUCCAAUAAUUCAUUUUGGUUGGUUAAAUAAAUAUUCACGACGCGGAUUUCAGCCUAGAUUAGUUUUUCUAUUUACAGACCGUUUAAUCUAUACUAGUCGAAUACGUGGUGUAACUGGUUUAUACUUAAAACUGCAUGCUAUCAUAACACUUUCAAAUGUUAUACUUGAGAAAAACAUCUCACAUGAAAACCAAACUAACAGUAAUCAAGUCUCUGAUUCGAUGUAUUUAAAAUUCGGCUUAGUAGUAACAUAUACAAGUCGUUCUCCAGUUCGUAAGUUAUCAGGUAUAUCAAAUUCAUGUCCUGUUAAUCAAGAUGAUGCAAUAUCUAAUUGUUCCCAAGUUUCAAAAAUGAAGUCACAAUGUUACUACAGAUUGCGAAAACAUCGUAAACGUUUUAUAUUUGGUGUUCAAAACGAAUUGGAUUAUGAAGCCUGGAUUAAUAAUAUUUCUAAGCUAUCGGGAAACAAUACAACAAACGCAGACACAUCUCUUACACAUCGUAGUGACAACGCGUUUUCUAACCAUGCUCCGCAAUCUUCUAAAUACACUGUUUCAGGUGUUACUCGUCUGCGUGAUUCAUCUAUCUCAAAGUUAAUUUUCACAGAAAUUACUCAACGAUGUCUAGCUAACGACAGUACUUAUAAAUGUCAAUCGGAAUCUGUUGAUAUUCAACAUAACUCUCAAACUCCUACAUCAUUAAUACCUACAUUUCAAAAUUGUUUCGCUGAACAUUGUUGGCGACAACAUGCAUCUAUAUCAUCCGUCAAACUGCUGAAUACAAUUGAUAAUGAAAUGUCUGGUUAUUUAUUUCGUCUAUCUAAACGUGGCACAAGUAGUAAACAAAAAUUAUGGACCAUUUUAUCAGAUAUGUGCUUAAAAUUUUAUAACACAUACAAUCAUCAUAAAUUAUUAGCACGUUUAUGGUUAUCAACCAAUAGGUGUACUGUUGAAUUAAUAUCAACUAAUUCAUUACUGUAUGGUGAAUGUUCAACUAGAUUAGUGGAUGUUGAACAUGAUCAACAACGACAGCAUUAUCGUGUACUACCUAAUCAUAUUAUUAAAAUAUCUGUCAAUACUAAAGAUUAUUAUUUUCAAGCUGAAAAUGUUUACCUCUUGAAAAGAUGGUUCAAUUCCAUUUCUAACAUACUAACAUGUUCCUCAAUUCGAAGAAAUUCAAUUCAAUCUAUAAUGGCAGAUAAUAAUUUAGUUCUUUUCAAUGAUGCAUUAUCAACAUCAUCUACACUGUUGUCAACAUCUAAUGCUAAAUUAAUAUUCACCUGUAAAUCUAAUUGUUCUGAUCAUAAUUCAAAAUAAUAAUUUUGUUUCUAAUGUUUAAUUGUUCAACUACCUCAAUGAAAUAAACUGAGAUUUUACAGUUUUUUUUUUCUUGUUUUAAAUUAUUAUACACUAUACACCCCUGUGAAUCUAUCCACUUUACUGAUAAUAAUGAUAAGUUUUAUGUUCUGUUUUUUGUUUUUUGUAAAAUUCAAUGUAAUAUUUUCAACUUUUAUUUCAUAAUGAUCAAUCAUUCAUUCUAUUUGUUUUAUCUAGUAAUCUGAUAAUAUUUCGUGAUAAUGAUAUAUACAUAUAUAUCUGUACUUGAUCUUAUUACGUUUGUUAGUGCAUUCACUUUAUGUAUAACAUAUUGUUGUAUAUUAUUACUAUUAUUAUUAUUAUUGUUUAUUUUGGGAAGACAUUUCUCGCACUAAAUUAUUCGUUGUCUUUUGUGUGUGUGUGUGUGUAUAUGUCUUGUUAUUAAUAUUUUUACAAUUUAUUCAGAUAUGAUAUAUGUUUCUUAUGAUCAUAAUGAAUGUUUUUCACUGAUAUUUAUACUUUAAGACACAAUUCAUUAACCUUUUAGCUUUUUCUAUUCAAAUAUACUACGUGGUACAUUCAAUUAUUCCAGUUUGGGUCAUUCAACAUUACGAUCAUAAUUUUUUUUUGAAGGUUGCUUUGUAUUUUAGUUUCACUCUUUGGUUCAACAAUGAUGUCCUUUACG